CUACGACCUGAAGCAGCCUGCCAUACUUAAAGGAAUAAUCGAUGGCUGGCCGGCAAUGGAACGAUGGCAUGAUCCCAACUAUCUUCUGAACAUCGCAGGCGAACGGACAGUACCGAUUGAGAUUGGUUCACAGUACAGCAAUGAUGAUUGGUCUCAAAAGCUUAUGAAGUUUCGAGACUUCGUCAAGCAAAACAUCUGCAACGAAGAAGCAUCCAAUCCAGCAGGAGAGCAACGUGCAGCCUAUCUAGCGCAGCAUGAUUUGUUUGAUCAAAUUCCCGCCCUGCGUGCGGACAUAGCCGUCCCCGACUACAUCGCACGUACGGACGCACGUCCACGCAUCAAAGCGUGGUUUGGUCCGAAGGGCACCGUAUCACCACUUCACACCGACCCGUGCCACAAUCUUCUGUGCCAGGUUUUUGGCGCUAAAGUUAUCAUCCUCGCACGACCCGAAGACACCGAAAGCUUUACCCACACGAACACUUCAUACUGA